ACUGAUAUAAAAGUGAUGCUGCCCUGCCAUGACGGCUCACUAUAAACAAACUGUACCCACCCCACCUCACCCCACGGCUAGCUCUCAACCACUACAACGCUGCAACCGCCCAAUCCGCCGCCGUGAACACUCACUGUCUGAUCUCAGGCGCCACAGUUCUAAAUGAGCGGGAACGAGAAGAAGAAGAGUACUAACAAUGGCGGAGAGCAGAGCAAGGCGCAGAAGGAUGAUAGCAGCAGCAUUCCCAGGGUCAUCGUUUUGAAAGCUGAAUUGCAUUGCCAUGGCUGCGCUGCCAAAAUUAUUAGAUGCAUUCGUUCUUCUGAUGGAGUGGAAGCAGUAGCCAUGGGAGACGACCAGAAGAUCACAGUCGUCGGGAAGGUGGAUCCGGCGAAGCUUCGAGAAGCUGUGGAGCGGAAAACGCACAAAAAAGUUGAAAUCAUUUCGCCAAAGCCGCCUAAACAGAACACCGACGAUAAACAAAACACCAAGCACAAGAACGAAUCCAAACACAAAAACGAGAAAUCCGAUGAGCAAAAAGCCAAGGAGAAGAAGGAGCCGCCGGUGACGACUGUGUCGUUGAAAGUUCACUUGCACUGCGACGGAUGCAGCGAGAGAAUCCACCGGACCGUCACCAAGACCAAAGGAUUUCACCACAUGAAUAUAGAGAGGCAGAAGAAUCUGGUGACGGUGACCGGCGCCAUGGACAUGAAAGCUCUGGUCGAGUCGCUUCGAAGGCAGCUGAAGAAGGACGUUGAGAUCGUCAGGAAGGAAGGAGAUAAGAAAAAUAACAGUGGAAAGACCGCCGGUGGCUGCAGCGGCGGCGGCACUGAUAAAGAUGGAGGAGAGAAGAAGGUGGAUCCGUACCCUUACCCUUACCCGUACCCGUACUCUUUUGUGAACGGGUCUGGUACUGCGGGGGAUCCGUUUCAGUACAACCCGUAUGCAGUCGGAUCCUACCAAGCUCCACAUAUGUUCAGCGAUGAAAAUCCCAACGCGUGCAAUGUCAUGUGACUGAAUCUUAAGAGGCCAACUGAGUAUGAUUUUUCAGCUAUUUUGGUAAUAUAUUAAUGAGUGCAAAUAAAUCUAUUUUUGAAUUAAAAUCAGAAUUAAAAAUGGUUGUAUGAAUGUAAAAGAAUUGACUAUA